CCGAGGGGCGUUAUAAAGCUUCAUAGAGAUCACAAAACUGGACCAUUCACACACCCAACUACUUGUUCUUAAAUGAUGUCUUCUCUCUUUCUGAUCUUUCUUUUAUGCAUAACCAUGGCCACUGCAGCCCCACUCCGGUCAGGUUUUUACUCGGAAACGUGUCCGGAAGCCGAAUCCGUCGUCCGACAAGUCAUGAAGAAUGCCCUGAUUAAAGAACCCCGGAGCGUCGCUUCAGUCAUGCGCUUCCAAUUCCAUGACUGCUUUGUUAAUGGUUGUGAUGCUUCUUUGUUGCUGGAUGAUACAGCAACCAUGCUCGGAGAAAAAGACGCCCUUUCCAACAUAAACUCUCUGAGAUCCUUCGAAGUCAUCGAUGAAGCCAAGGAGGCCCUGGAAAGGGUUUGCCCCGGAGUUGUUUCAUGCGCUGAUAUCAUAAUUAUUGCCGCUAGAGAUGCCGUUGCGCUGACUGGAGGACCCUUUUGGGAAGUGAGGCUCGGAAGAUUGGACAGCUUAAGUGCAAAGCAAGAAGACUCGAAUGAAAUCAUGCCAAGUCCUAGAUCCAAUGCCAGUUCCCUCAUUGAUCUCUUCCACAAUUACAAUCUCUCUGUCAAAGACCUUGUAGCCCUUUCUGGGUCUCACUCUAUUGGCCAAGCUCGUUGUUUUUCCAUCAUGUUUCGGCUAUACAACCAGUCCGGCACCGGCCGGCCGGACCCUGCCAUUGAACCAAAGUAUAGAGAAAAGCUUGACAGGCUCUGCCCGUCUAAUGUUGACCAGAACGUCACAGGAGACCUUGAUGCAACUCCCCGUAUAUUCGAUAACCAGUACUUCAAGGACUUGGUUGCUGGGAGAGGGUUUCUCAACUCGGAUCAAACACUUUUUACGUUCACAAAGACUAGAAAGUUUGUGGAACUGUUUAGCAAAGACCAGAGUGAGUUUUUCAAGGCCUUUGUGACGGGAAUGCUGAAGAUGGGUGACUUGCGACGGGACCAGCCGGGGGAGAUCAGAAGGAAUUGCAGGGCUAUUAAUGGCCGACAUAUGAAAAGAUUGUGGGAGUCUCGACGGGAAAGGAUCGUGAUUUGAUUGAAGGCAAUACAUAUUGGAAAAUACAGAGACCACCUAGAGAAUUCAUAUACUCUAAAAUGUCCACAGAGAUGAUGUGGAUGGGUGUUGGUUGGAGUUGAUUCGGAAACAAAUACAAUGACACGUAACAUUAGAAGGGCACUACUC